GCGCGGUCCCGGCCUCUCUCCUCCCUCCCAGCUGGGGAAGUUUCCCUGCAGGCGCAGCUGAAGGCAGGUCGCUGGGUCGCGGCUACCCAAGGGGUCGCGACCACUGCCCUCCCCGGACCUUGGCUGUUCUCGGCGAUGACUCGGCGAUGACACCUACUCAGAACAGCCUCCUGGCCCUCGGCGGACCUGACCCUGGCCCAGGAAUUCUGGAUUCCGAGCCGAGGUUGUGAGGCCUCGCCCCUUCCGGGAUGGGGGUGCCCUCCUAGCGGCGACCGUCAGGAACACUCCAGAACACUCCGCGCACAAUCUUCUCUGAGACCCGGAAGCAGGUGCCAGGAAAACUUUGGAAAAAACAAAACCGACAUCCUUAUUUUGAGAACUCAAAAACAUCUGGAAGGACCUGAGAACCGGCUCCUGUGGAGGGCAGGGCUAAAACGUCUUCAGACCUGGCCGAAAGAUUUCCAUUUCUCACAAGAGAAGGGACUAAAUAUUGCGUCUUAGGCACACUCUCACUCAGCGACCUCUCCUCACCCAGGCAGUGUCCUUCGCCCCUCCGAGGGCUUGAAGGCAGGGGGCUGUGUGAGUCUCACUUGCCACAGAGGUCUCUAUGCCCUCAAGACGUAUGGUGAGACAUGCAAUGAGGCAGCAAGUCCUGGGUUCCAAUUCUGUUAGGCCACUGGUCAGCUGGAUAACUUGGCAUCUCUUCUCCUCUUAGGAUUAUGGCAAGAAUUAAAUGAAAGAAAUUUAGAGUGUGCCUGCCUAUAGUAGACGACUGAAGUGACUUAGCAGUAGCAGCUGCCUAUAGUAGAGGGCUUACAUGAUAGUUCAGCUGGUAAAGAAUCCGCCUGCAGUGCAGGAGACCUGGGUUCGAUCCCUGGGUUGGGAAGAUCCCUUGGAGAAGGGAAAGGCUACCCACCCCAGUAUUCUGGCCCGGAGAAUUCCAGUCCAUGGGGGUAACAAGAGUCGGACAGGACUGAGUGCCUUUCACUUUCACUCUGCCUAUAGUAGACCUUCACCUUUAUUACUCUCAGUCUGUCCACCCUUCAUGGGCCAGAGCCUUCUGCCAGUUCAGAAGCCAGACAGUGAUGACGUUUGCCGAGGACAAAACUUACCAUUAUAUCCGCCACCAUCACAGCAAUUUUUGCAAUAUUCAUGUUCUGGAUAUUCUGCCUUACCUGUCCUGCCUCACAACAAGUGACCAGGACCGAGUUCGGGCCUGCUAUGAGCGCUGGGGGAACCAGGGCACCCUCUGGGAACUCUUCAACAGUCUUCGGCGGAGGAACGGCUGGGUGCAGUCCUUCAUCGAGGCACUGAGGGCCUGUGAGCACACUGGUCUCGCUGAUGAAGUGGCCCGUGUCUACCAGAGCAACCUGCCACGGAAUCCAAACCACCCUCCAGCCCCACUGGAGCCACCAUCAGUUCCUGCUGAGAUUCCAAGGCCCUCCACACCUGAUGUGGCCCCCAGCAUCCCUGGCAACGGCUACGCGGAGUGCGAGCCAAGUUACCCUCUGCCUGUCCAGGAUAGCCAGCCACCAGAGUCCCUGGGAGAGAAUUCAGAGAAAGCCCCACAACCAUCCCAUUCUGGGGCUGUCCUGGAGCCCUUGUCUGACACGGUGGCCCUCAGCACUCUGACCUCCAGUGUACAUCAGGAGCGGGACACAGGACUGGGCAGUACCCAUGCAGCAGGCGUGGUCUCCAGUUCCACGUCACUCCAUGGGCCUGUGUCUCCGACUGUCUCCCGUCCUACCCCCAGGGCAAGCCGCUUGCCUGGACCCUCAGUGUCAGCUCCAUCUGUCAGCACCUCCUCCUCCUCCAUUGGCUUGACCUCUGCAGGAGGUGCUGGUGACCAGGCUGAAGGUACCAUCUGCUCCAGUGGGGCAGGGGUGCCCAACCACCCUAUGACUGCCAGCACAGUACCCUCCAAGGUGCCCACCAACUCAGCAUUUGGCAGCUCAGUGCCUUCCAAAUUGCCCACCAGCUUGAAGUCCCCUGGUGCAGUGCCUACCAGUCUAGCACCAUCCAGAUUGCCCAUCAACUCAGUGCGUUCUGGCAUGGUGCCACCCAAAGUGCCUACUAGUGGGAUACCUGACCACAGGAUACCUGCAAACACAGUGCCCAGUAAGGUGCCUGCCAACACAAGGCUCACCACCAGGAGCAGCAAUAGACUCGUGAAGGAGACUCCAGCAUCACCAGUGCCCACAGGCACUGCCACUGGAGGCACAUCACUUUGUCCAGACAGCAGCUCUGACUGCUGGGGCUCAGAGCAGGAGCUGAGCAAGCCUGGCAGGCUGGUAUCUAGGAUGGACAGCCAACCGUUCUCAGGCUGCUCCGCGGAUCUCGCCAUCAGCUACAGUAACUCCCUGGGCUUGGGGCCUGACAAUGCCCCGGAGGAGAAUGAGUAUGUGUCGGAAGACCCCAUUAGGAUCCAUGAGAACCCCAGCACCUCCAUCCUGGGGGACAGCCCCGGGACACAGAGUACCCUGGAAUUCCCGGCAGAGGAUAAGUUGGAGGAAGUGCCUGCCGUCAGGACCAUGCCCUGGGCUCCAUGGCUCGGGAUGGCCCUGGCCGGGGUACUUCUAGCGCUCCUGGCUUCACUGUACCGGCGGCGCCUACCCCAGUGAAGCUCCUGGGUCCUUCUUGCCGUUCAUCUUUCUCUUUCCCAUGGUACAUCUGCCCAAGUCACAGAGCUGAGCUGUCUCACCAUCCUUGACCCUUUUUCGGGGCUGGCAGAAGCUGGGUCAGAAGGGAGGCAGGGGGCCACAGGCCUAGUCCUGGGGGGCAGUAUUUCUGUCCCAUCUCAUGCCCUUGGUGGCUCCCCCACCAUCCUUGGCUUACUGGGCCCUGGGCUGCUCCUGGGGCCCUAGUCCUUGCCCAGCUGGCCAUCUAGUUGUUGCCCUUAACCCCUGUGCCCUUAAUCCCGCCUAGGCCUUAUCCCUCUUUACCCAAAUGCAAGAAUCAGGAGGUGCCACUGGGGACCACAGUGGGUCGGAAACCUUCCCCAUCCUGCCUGGUCCCUGCAACCAAUAGAUGGGGUAGGGGACAUUGCUCUAGCCCCCAGUGGCCCAGUAGCCCCCUGCAGAGCAACAGGGAGGCCCAUCUUUAAGGACUUAGUCCCCUGUCUCUCUGGUUCCCCUCCCUACCACACAAGGAUGGGAGGAGAUCCAGAGAUUCCCAUGGACCCCUGGGAAGCCUGAUCAGGUGCUAGACCUGAGGAGCACCUAAAGAGCCCCUCUCCAGCCUCCUCCUCCUAGUCUCUGUUCUCUUCAGCUCCCUGUGGGGGUUGGAGAGGGAGAACCUGCAGGAUUUCAGCUCCACCUCUUCGUGGGCUGUGUGGCCUUGACAGAUAAUCAGACUUCUCUGGUCUUGCUUACCCAUGUGGACAAUGAGGAUUGCAUCUCAUCCUUCACUGAAUUCUCCUGAGAUUGGAGCAUACAGAUCUUUGUCAAGUCCAAAGCAGGUGGCCGCUAAAUGCUCCUCUCACCUUUCCCUGCCUAGCCAGGUAGAGAUGAGGGCAUGAGAGGCAGAGUGCCCAGUGGGUAAGUAUGCACUGUUGCAGUGUAGGGUAAGUUAGGCCUGUGUCCUGUUCUGUCUCUUACUAACUCUGUGCUCUUGGGCAAGGUGUUAAUCUCUCUAUGCCUCAGUUUCCUCACCUGUAUAAUUGGGAUGAAUAGUAAAAUUAUAUAGAUAUACAUGUCCUAGUAUUGUGAGGAUUAAAUGAGUUUAUCUAUAUAAACCUUAGAAUGGUUCCUGGCAUUUUACUUAGUGAGGUUGGCAUGCAUGUUGGUUUUGUCAGUAUUCAAACGUGGAGGGGCUGGAGCACUUGGCCACACAUUUAGAAGCCGACCCAGCCCCUAGUGCCUAUGCCCCUUUCAUAUUUGCCCCUUACUUUGUUCCAUGCAUUGGGGAUUGUUGGGGAGUGAGGAGGGAGACAUGUCUACUGGGGCAUCUGUGCAGGGUGGGGGCUAGGGGGCCCCCCGCAGCAGCCGGGUGGAUUAAAGGAUAUCCUUGUGAGUGCUUUCCAGGCAGCCGUUGCUGGACAAGGGCCAGGCACAGGAGCCUCAGGAGUUACCUUCAUUUCUGGGCCCUGCAAGGGACAGGGACUAGAGCUGUAGGGAGACAUAAGAGUCAGGGGGUCACUGUGGCCCACCCCCAGGCUGUCGGUCUGCCGAGUCCUACACCCUGCUUUGGCUACUACAGUCUUUCUUUGCACUGCCCUCAGGGACUUCAGCAACCUAAUGGCUUCUACCUCUACCUCUGAACUUAUCUUCAGCCCUCUCUCCAGACCAAACCACCUGUACCUUGAAGCCAGGAAUAGUCGCUAGUGAGGCUGUCUGCAACCACUCUGUGUCACCUUUACUCUUAUCCAGGCUUCUGGGCUCCUUCCUAGGUACCUAGGUCAGUGAACAAUUCAUGAACAGGUAUUGGUUUUAAUGUGUUUCCCUCCCAAGAUAGCUUUGGAAAAAAGUAUCUCCAGAAAGCAGUUUGUAAACCCAAAGAAUGCUUCUUAAAUUGUAGGAUUUCGAACAGAGGGACCACCUGUUUUGGAGAGAUCUGUGCAUAAGUUGUGUAGGAAACAUUCAGGGACUGCCCUGGCACUUUUCAAAUUAUGCUGCCCAGAAGCCCUGACUUAGCCUGCAUUGUGCAGCAUUCCUAUUUUGGCUGCUGUCACUAAAAUGCCAACUUCAGGCAGGAUUGGGAUUGGCCGUUGGCAAGGAGAGGGCUUGGGGUAGUUGAUGAGAUGCAUCAGAUCUCGAGUCCUGGGUUUGGAGUGUGGUUUCAGCUACAGGAGGUUGCAUGUAGGAGGGAAACCCAGGCAGGUCACCAUGGCCUGGAUGAUGUGAAGGGAGUGAGGAAGGACCUCUACCCCCAGACAGGGGUCUAGUCACCUAUACUUGGAGAUGGGAAAGUACCCUUCACCUUAGGGUAAAAGCAGGGGUGAGGUCAGAGGGCCCUUACCUAAGCACUUAGGGCAGACUUAGCAAUAGGUAUCUGUAUAUAAAUCUCUUCCAUCUUUUCUCUCUCCUGUUGAAGCAUUUCCUUCAAAGCCCAAGAGUCACCACUGCUUCUCUUUCCCUGGGAAACACCUGCCAACUUUGCUUGAUGACCCACUGAAGGCAGACUAAUACCACAUUCUCACCUUGUUUCCUUGGUUGGACGUGCUCAGAUUUAGUUGAUUCAGGGGAAUUUCUAGUCAGAGAGCAGUAUGCCCUUUACUUUUUCAGGCCUUGGGUUAUUCAUAGUUUCUUUUAUGAAACUUUUUUACUAUGGAAAACUUUUAAGGACACAGAAGUAUAGAAAAUAGGAUAAUUACUUCUCCCCUCCAUAUGCCUGUUGUGCUAUGUACUGUCACUUCAGUCAUGUCCAACUCUUGUGACCCCAUGGACUGUAGCCUGCCAGGCUCCUCUGUCCAUGGGAUUCUCCCAGGCAAGAAUACUGGAAUGGAUUGCUCCUCCUCCAGGGGAUCUUCCCAACCCAGGGAUCUAAAUUGUCUCCUUCAUUGAAAGGCAGGUUCUUUACUACUAGUGCCACCUGGGAAGGCCAUAUGCCCAUUACCCAGCUUCAAUAAUUAUGGACUCAGGACUUCCCUGGGGGGCCAGUAGUUAAAACUCCAUGCUUCCAUUGCAGGGAGCAUGAAUUCAAACUGUGUUCGGGGAACAUGCUGUGGUCAUGGUGGUGGUUUAGUCACCAAGUCAUGUCUGACUCUUUGCAACCCCAUGAACUGUAUCCUGUCAGGCUCCUCUCUCCCUGGGAUUCUCCAGGCAAGAAUACUGGAGUAGGUUGCCAUUUCCUUCUCCAGGGGAUCGUCUCCACCCAGGGAUCAAACCUGGGUCUCCUGCAUUGCAGGUGGAUUCUUUUUUUUUUUUUUUUCAUUUAUUUUUAUUAGUUGGAGGCUAAUUACUUUACAAUAUUGUAGUUGUUUUUGUCAUACAUUGACAUGAAUCAGCCAUGGAUUUACAUGUAUUCCCCAUCCCGAUCCCCGCCCCCACCUCCCUCUCCACCCAAUUCCUCUGGGUCUUCCCAGUGCACCAGGCCCGAGCACUUGUCUCUUGCAUCCAGCCUGGGCUGGUGAUCUGUUUCACCCUUGCAGGUGGAUUCUUUACCAACUGAGCCACCAGGGAAGCCCCUACAUGCCGUGGGGUAAGGCCAAAAAUACUUUUAAAAAAUAAUUAUGACUCCUGUCUUGUUCAUCCCUGCCUGAUCCCUCAUUUUUUGUACAAGUUCUUUUUGUAAGUCAGAAAGUAAAGAGUUCAGAAAGUCAAGGGAAAGACUUAGGACAGGAGGAUUUUGUAGCCAAGGCCCUCUUUUUUGAAAUUUUUUUCCCCAAGGCAUUCUCCACUUGUCUUUUUAGCCUCAGUGGGUGACAUCUCUUUUGAACCAGUUCAGAGUAUGAGCAGCACUGGUUUGCUGUCUUAGGAGGAGAGAACCAGAGGACUUUCCUUCAUUGACAAGCUCCUUGAAGGUGUUUGGCUACUGCUCCUGUCCCAGAGAGGUGGGGACCAAUGGGUGUGUCCAAUGGCAAUUUGCCCCAUUGCAUUAGGGGUCUCCUUUAGGCUUUCACAGAGCCCUUCCACCUGGCAGAAAUUCCCAUCCUUGGCCAGAUUCAAACUUCACAGCAUGUCUUCUGAUCUUAUAGGCGUCUCCUUGGGAUGGAGUCAUUCAGGCCUUAAGGUCCCUUUCUUUCUACCAGUGCACUACGAUAGUGUUCAGGAUGCCUGGGCUGAUCUAUGCUGUGAUAACUCAUUAUACGUGAAAAGCACAUGCUCCCUUGUGCUCCCCUUUCUGCCCUUUUCCCUACAGCCCAGGGUCAUGAAGUUCACAUUUGCUGCAAGGCAUGGUCACUCAGCAUUCCUCACUCCUGCUGCUGCUGCUGUUAAUAACAGCAAAAAUAAAAAGGGCUACCACUUACCCCAUACCUUGUUGCAUGCCAGGUGCUAGGCAAAGUGCCUUGCAUGUAUUAACUUGUUUAGUCCUCACAAUGACCCUAUGAAGGGGAUAUAAUUGUGACCCAAUUUACAGCUGAUCUGCAAGACUGAGGGUGAGGAAGGAUCAGAGGGGACGAUGCAAGGGAAAACUGGCCCCUGAGCCUGAAUUGGAUGUUCCCCAUGCCCCUGACCCUUAGCUGAUCAGGUGUCUAGAACUUGGGGCCCCAUUUCAAGUGAGAUUUCACACAUCUCUUCCUGGCGUUCCAAGAACUGCCACCUGCAAUAAUAGUAUAAUAUUCAAUAUAUAAUUUAAUAUAGUCUCAAGGGUCUGUGACAGUAUGAAUAUAAUCAUAUGUGUGUCCAGGCUCAAUGGCCUGAGGCUAUAUGAGGCGAGGCAGCAGGCACAAGCCUGUCCUCUGGAGACCAGUUUGGUUUAAUAGAUGUUGUUAAAGGAUUCCCGUGUGCCAGGUUGAAGGCCUAAAUUGAGUAAGUCAAUUAUACCCUCCAGAGGUCAGGAGUGACUCACAAAGUAUGGUGGAAACAAAUAGGCUUUCAUGUCAUUUUUUUUUUUUCAUGUAUUUACAACAAAUAUUUAUUUUGUUCCUACUGAGUGCAGAGUAUGAGGAUAGGCCUUGGAGACACACAGUGAUAAAGCAAAAAGCCUGCCUUCAGUGCCCCCUUCUAUCACUUACUGUCUUCAAUUUAAUUGUGAGUGGCUUGAAAGCGUGAGCAGGAGUGGGGUGGAGGGAGAGAAAAGUGUUGUUUUGAUUAGUCAUGUACUAUUAACAGUUAUAACAAUGAAAUCCAGGAAAGCAGUAAAACUUAGAGCCUCUAGGGACCAAGAAAAAUAUUAAGUAUAAAUUUACAGACAGCUACCAGAAAGGCUAAAAUGAAAGUGUCUGACAAGAUCAAGUGUUGAUGAGGACCUCCCUGGUAGUCCAGUGGUUAAGAAUCCACCUGCCAAUGCAGGGCACAUGGGUUCCAUCCCCUAGUCCAGGAAGAUCCCACAUGCUGCAGAGCAGCUAAGCCCGGGUGCACAACAGCCCGUGCACUUAGAACCUGUGCUCCACAAGAGAAGCUACCAAGAUAAGCCCGCGCACCCCAGUGAGCCCCUGCUCACAACAGCUGGAGAAAGCCUGUGCCAAGGAACGAAGACCAGCACAGCCGAAAAAAUUUUAAAAAGAUCACCUGUUGAUGGAAAUACAGAGCAAUUAAAACUCUUAAACUUUAGGAGGAAUGUACGUUAGUAAAACCCUGUUGGAAAAUUGGCAGUAUCUACUAAAGCUAAACACAUGUAUAACUUAUGACCCAGCAAUUCUACCUUGGGUGUAUCCAUGACAGAAACAAGAGCUCAUGUCUACCAAGAUAUGUGCAAGAAUUUUUCUAACUGCACUGUUCAUAAUCGUCUCAAACUGGAACCAAUCCACAAGACCUAUCCAUAAUAGAAUGUGUAUAUAAGUUGGGGUAAAGUCAUACAGCAGAAUAUUGUUGUUCAGUCGCAGAGUUGGACAAGACUCUUCGACCCUAUGGACUGCUGCAUGCCAGGCUCCCCUGUCCUUCACCAUCUCCUGGAGCUUGCUCAAACUCAUAUCCAUUGAGUCGGUGAUGCCACUCAACCAUCUUAUCCUCUGUUGUCCCCUUCUCCUCCUGCCUUCAGUCUUUCCCAGCAUCAGGGUCUUUUCUAAUGAGUCAGUUCUUCAUAUCAGGUGGCCAAAGUACUGGAGCUUCUGCUUCACCGUCAGUCCUUCCAGUGAAUAUUCAGGGUUGAUUUCCUUUAGGAUUGACCAGUUUGAUCUCCUUGAAGUCCAAGGGACUCUCAAGAGUCUUCUGCAACACCACAGUUCAAAAACAUCAAUUAUUUGAUGCUCAGCCUUCUUUAUCGUCCAACUCUCACAUCCAUACAUGGCUACUGGAAAAAUCAUAGCUUUGACUAUAUGGACCUUUGUCAACAAAGUAAUGUAUCUGCUUUUUAAUAUACUGUCUAGGUUUGUCAUAGCUUUUCUUCCAAGGAGCAAGCGUCUUUUAACGAUGAGUAUGGGUGAAAAUAUUGCUACACACAGCAUGGGUAUACCUUACAGACAUGAUACUGAGAAAAAGAAGUCAGUAUCCAUAGAAUAGAAUAUGUGAUUCUAUUCCUAUAAAAAAUACAGAAAUAAACAAAACUGAUCUAUGGCA